AUGUCCAAUUCAAAUUCGGAAGGUUAUUCCCAAUGUCGACUCAACCAAAUCGAGGCUUAUGAAACCAAGUUGAAUGAGUAUGAUAAACAAUUCGAAAAAUUGCUAAAUGAAUUAUCUUGGGAUUUAGAAAACGUUAAAAUUCAACAACAGAGAGUCAAUGCUUUAGUGAAUUGUCCUUUUAAUCCAGCACACAAGAUUCCCUCAAAGUCCUUUGAACGGCAUUAUCGGAAAUGCGAAUUAAAAUUUCAUGGCAUACAUAAUGAACUAGGAAAGCGAAAACAAUUACCAAGUUCAAACUUCUUUUAUCAAAAUACCUCAUCUGUCAUAUCCUUGAAUAAAGAAAUCAAAGAAGGAUCUUUAUCAAACAAUAAUGUUCGAAGCUUAACAGUUGAUCAAAGGUUGCAAGAAUAUGAGUGUGAAAUUGAAAUGAGUAAUCAAAUUCGUGAACAACUUCAACAAGAAAAACAAGAUUUAUAUCAAAACUUUGAUCAAGUUUGGGAAGCCGUACAAAAAAUGAAAGAAAUGAAUCAAGGACAAAAAUCACGAGAAGAAUUAUUAGCAGAACAACGCGAUUAUAAACGUAGAAGAAAAUCUUACAGGGCAAAAAACAUUAAGAUCACCCAAAGAACACCCACACAGAUACAUAAAGACUUGAUUGAGGCUUAUAUGGAAGACUUUAAAUUGUUGACACAAUUUGAAAUGAAUAAACAGGAUUCAAAAGAGGCAACUUCGCCACCGAAUUCUUCGCGUUAUCCAUAG